CUCCAGUGCUUGCCAUUGCGAUCAAGCACGGUCUCUGCUCAUGGCAAUCCUUGCCCAUAUGGAUGCAGCAAGAGAUGACCUCAAAUUCGCCAGCUGCCUGCAAACCAUCUCUGAAGACUCAGAAUUGAGCUUGAGCACUGACUGCAGCGAGGCAUCGGGUGAAGACAGCCCCGUGAGCCUUGACACAGCAGAGGCCUUGCUGAUUUUUGAUUGGGAUGACACCUUGUUGCCUACCAGCUGGAUUUCUCAGCAGGGUUGGCUGAAUGUAUCUGGCGACCUAGUUGACCGGCCUGAUGAGAUAAUCCUCACGCGGGAGCAGCAGGUUCUACUGCAGGAGCUAGAAGUCAAAGUUGAGCAAACUUUGCUCACAGCCAUGACACAUGGCAGAGUCGUCAUCGUGACAAAUGCAGCAGAUGGAUGGAUAGAGACAAGUUGCGCGGCAUUCAUGCCUGGCUUGAGACCUUUGCUGGAUGAGAUCGAUCUUCUGUCUGCUCGGUCCGCUUACGAGGGGCUUGGAAGUGACUGUCCAAUGGAAUGGAAGCGUCGAGCUUUUUCAGACGUUUUGGCCGCUGCUUUCGAGUAUGACGAGGGCAGGCCCAAUGUGAUCUCCAUCGGUGACUCUGUCUAUGAGCAGGCCGCGCUUGCAUUUGCAACCAAGCGCAUACCCAACUGUAGGUCAAAAACGCUGAAGCUACUGGAAAGUCCAGACAUUCGGCAGCUGAUUGAGGAACACGAUCUACUGUUUCAUCACCUGGACAUCGCAGUUGCCCACGAGGAUCACUUGGACCUCGAAGUGGCGCCAGAAAUGGCUGGCACGAAUUCAGCUUAAAGAGCGAAGUGCUCUAUGGCCUCUGGCCGGUGAAAGUCUCGUUUUGCCUUCACCCGAAUUCACUGCAAUCAGUCGGGACAUCAUACAGUUUGCCGGUGUUUGACUGAAAGCCGUGUUGCACUAUAAGUGGCUUCUGCAAGUCGAAAGAACACUUGAAGCUGCAGCAUUGUGGGCUAAUGCCCACAACACGCGAUUUUUGCGUCGGCGUGUCUUUUGCAUGCUUGGGCCCGUAAAGUGGCGGCUAAUUUUCCAAGCUGCAUGUGAUGACCUAGGUAUGACCCGCUGUUCGUAAGCAACA